CUCACCAGACGAGCGCGGACAUUGGGCCAAGCGAUCGAGCUGAACAUGUCCGACUCCGAAAUCCCACCACAAGCACACGCGACUACAGGAGGAAAGUCGCUCGCGGCGGCAGAAUACCCUCCAUACAAGUCAUGGCGCAAGAAGUACCGCAAGAUGAAGCACAAAUUCGACGGAGUGCUGGAAGAGAACAAGACGCUGUUCAAGGAAGAGCAGAAGCUGGAAGGCAUCGCGAGACGACUCAGGGAGAGCCUCGAUGGACUGCUCGAUCUACUGCUCGACCUGAACCAGAGUCCUGCGCUACCGCCCGAUCUCCGUUUCAACAUCACUCUCCCUGAAGAGCACACGGCAGUCGCGAGCAUACCGAACAUUGUCCCUAGCGAUGUAACACCAGAAGGCGCAAAUCAACUACUUCUAGACUAUACUUUAGCUGUCCAGCGAGGUCACAUACCGAAUCUCGAUCUUCAUGUCAUCAGAGAGCAGAUUGACAAGAAGCUCGCCGCACAAGGCGUAUCUACGCUCGAAUUUCUAGAAUCCGACACACCGCAUCCUCGCCUUCCAGAAGAUGGCACACUGCCGGAUGAGCUGCAGGGUGCCGAGCCCGCCGGCUAUCUCACAGCAGAGCAAGAAGAUUCGUACCUGCUGCGUCUCGACGCAAGACUCGGCGAUCCUGUCAGCUUAAUGAAGAUGGACGAGAAAGACAAGGAAGGCGAGGCGAGUCUUCACAAGCACUGGGCGGAUAUGACACCGAGAGAAGUGGAACGUCAGAUCGAGUUGCUGAAUCCUCAAAGUCAACACAACUGGCUGGCAAGACACGCAAAGCAUACAGGCCAUGCCGAUAUUGAUGACAAUGAAAGUCUUGCAUCGCACGAUAUCAAGCCGACCCCUGGCCGAGGAGGUGGGAAGAGGAAUCUCGCCAAGCAAGUCGGAGAUCGAGCUGUCGGCCGUGCGAGGGAAGGGGCAAGUCCGAGCGCAGUAUCUAUGGCAGAGGACGACGAUCUUGCGUUUGUGGAUGAUCAUCCGCAAAUCGCAGGCAAGAAGCGAGGGCGUGCCGAUCCAGAUGGUACCUAUCGCGUUAAGGGCGGAAAGGGUGGUGCUUCUGCUAAGGGGAAGAGGAAACGUGGUGGCGACGAGACUCCAACAGGGAUGGGAAAGAAGGCGAAAGUGGAUGCUGAUUGAGACGAGAAAGCGUCGUAUCCUUACAAUGCAUUGUACGAGCCUUACAUUCCAGGAAAGCCGAAAGCCGCCAGGAAUGUGGCAUCUCGAUUUUUCCAUGUGGUACGGUACGUCAAUUGAUUGCACAUCUUCUCUCG